UUACAACCGGGCAUUUUGACAGUUCUAAAACCAACACUGGGCGAGUCUCCUCCAAAAAAAUGUUAUUUCUACUAAUUUUCUGUGCUUUUAUUAAACUAUCCGUACAAAAUGUCGACAUUUACGACGAAGAGCUGUACAUCAAGCCCCUGAAACAGGGUUUUGUCAACACAUACUUUCAAUUUACGACUCGAUGGAAUUUAGAUUCGCCGGACGAUUUACUUCACACACAUCUUACUGCCCGUCCGAUAGCAGAGAUUUUUCGUCAUUAUCCGAUCAACGAGCUGCAUGUGUCUCUCACUUCGGGUUUGUGGAAGGCUGAGAAGUGGGGAUAUCCAGUAAUCGAUGCUCCUGCCGGUGCUGAAAUUUGGGCUUGGUUCAGGAAUGAAAGUUCUUCCGAUGAUUUAAUUGACGAUCAAUGGAAAAGUUUGUGUGGCACAUUAUCUGGACUGCUGUGCGCCUCUUUGAGUUUCGUGGACGACACAAAUACGCUUCGUCCCGAAAUCUCACUUAAACCACAAUUUUACGAUCCAAAGCAUCAAUCGACGGCGAGAAUUCGUUACGCGACACUUCCCCGUGAAAUUGUUUGCACCGAAAAUUUGACACCGUGGAAGAAAUUUCUACCUUGCAGUUACAAGGAAGGCUUGGCAUCUCUCUUAACACCCGAGAAACUCUACAGCACGAACUACCACUCGCUCGGUAUUCAUGUCCGGAAAAUCUGUGACGACAAAAAAUGUGAAUCGUAUACUUUUGAGAUCCGUCAAACGGUCAAUCUCGUGCAUGAUUUGAUGAUUUUUGGGGGACGCGAUUGGUCCAUCAGGAAGUUUUUUGGUCAAGGCAUCAAUGGAAUGUGUCCUUUAGCGGAAUCAUCUAAAGUUUAUGUUGACACCACGGAGGUGAAUUAUGAGUUGACGCCCGUGCCACAUGCAACUGAAACCUCUACCCGCGGCGGUGCUACGUCAAAAUAUGCCGUUUACGACGUAAAACGGUUCCGAAAUCAGUUAAUGAACAUCGCUGUAGUUGAUAAAUCAGACGCUGAUAAAGUUGAGUUAAUUCUGCCACCACCAAUCUUCGCAAAACGCUCCAUUUUGGGAGUCGGACAAGAACGCGGAAAAAUUGUCACCAAGCUGACAAACAAACAUUGGGGACCCCUGAAUGUCGUCUUGCUGGAAAAUGUUCCGUGGUUCGUGCCUAUCUACCUUCACACGUUAAAGCUCAAAAUGGAAAACAAAGACACGGAAAUUAAGCCCACUUACGUGAAAUACAUUCCAGGCGAGCAACGAGCUCGUGCAUAUCACUUGGAAGUAGCAUUCACGAUUCCAAGUCGUUCCACAGUGGAAAUCAGCAUCGACUUUGACUACAUUUUCCUCAAGUGGCAGGAAUAUCCGCCAGAUGCGAAUCACGGACAUUAUAUCGGGGCAGCAGUUGUUAGUGUGAUGCUUCCUAUCGCCCGUAAUUACACGGGAAUUCCAAUCGAAGGCAGUUUGUUCGCGGAUUCUUUCAAUGCUACACGCGGCGAAGGAUAUUUCAUCCAGUUACGAACUGAAAUUUUGCUCAUUACGCUUCCAACACCCGAUUUUAGUAUGCCCUAUAACGUAAUUUGUCUGGCAUGUACCGUUGUGGCUUUGGCAUUUGGACCAAUUCAUAAUAUGUCGACGAAAAAGAUCGUUCUAAAGAAUAAAGCUGCCACUAAGGGACUUUUGAGUAAAUUGAAAGAGAAGUUUUUCAAGAAGAAAGAGGAGGAAAAGCCAUCAGAAACAUCGAGUAGCAUAGAGAAACCAAAGGCUGAUUAACUUUUACGGAUUAAUUUAUUGAAAAAUUGUUACAGAUUAAAUGUCGAACAAAAAUUACGAAUUCUUAGACAAAUACA